CCAAUUUGAGAUAUAUGCAAUAUGUAUUAUGGUUGCGCUCUAUAUUUUCACGAAUAGUAAAAUGUGCCAUGCAACUAGCACAUUCUAUUUCGGUUAUUUCAAUUGGUGCAAGUCAAGCAGUUGAUCGUGAAAGUGAAAUGCUAUACCCGUUGCUCAAGGUCCGAUGUAGGUAUCAACAGAACACUCAAUUAGAUGCUAUAUAUUCACUCAGUAUGACAAUUGCGUGCGUACUGGGUGCACAUAACAUGUCGGUAUAUACUCAUAUGAUCGGAAGUUUACGUGAUAAACUACACCCUAACAAUGUCGCUUGAUCAACAGAAAAACGGAGCCAGAUAUAUUAUAAUAUUUACUUACCACUCAGGAUGUAUCACAUUACAUUAUAAAGAGGCGGUACCGGAGAGAGCUGAUGCCUUCGGAGUUAAAAAGCACCUCCUCUCAAUCUCAACACCAAGUGAAGAGUGGACUCCUU